CAUUUCCGUUUCCUUCCUUUCCUUAAAAAUUAAAUCGGAGAGAAUAAAUCAAUCAGAGAAAUCGACAAAUCAUUCGAUCAAUUUGAUUUCGCGAUGGCGGUGAAGAUGAGGAAGUGGUCGCCGUGGCCGCCGGCGAGGAAGUUCGCGGUGGCGAUGCGGCUGAUGAGGCUCGAGGUCAUGGCGGAGGACGGCGGCGGCGACGACGAAGACGGCGCGGCGGCGCAGAAAUUCGUGGCGAUCAGAAUCAAAUGGAAGGGGGAGCCGAAGUUUCUGCCGCUGAUGGCGCCGUUUCAGCCCCGGAAAAAGGUCGAGCGGUCGAGCAAUCGGGGAAUGAGGAAAGGCGGAGGGAUCGUCGAAUGGGACGAGGAUCCGUGGUUCGAGAACACGUGCUGUUUCUCGAUUGCCUCGGAUAAGAAAUUCGGGCCGUGGGAGGUCGCCUUUAGUGUUAUUUGCGGGGAGAAGGCCGAUUCGAAGGCGAAAAUGGCGGUGAUCGGAGGAGUUUCGAUUAACAUAACCGAAAUUGUUUCGAAAAUGGAGAGUUCUUCGAUUGAAGAGAAGCUUCAUCUAAAUUUGCAAAUUGAUGGAAUUGCUAGAGAAGCUGCCCUCACGAUGGUGUUCAAAUGUGUUGAAAUCAGAGUAUCCCAUAAUUCAGCGGCACCGAGCCGAUCGAAAUCCAUCGAUUCGAAAUGUUCAUCUGUUGAUGAGAUUAGAGACAAGUCAAGGAGGAGAUCGUUGAGCCUAGAAGAGGCGUGUUUGGACGAGCCGGGUGUGCCGGAGUUGAGGACCUCGGAGCCCGACAAAAAAGACCGAUGGUUUAGUUGGAAGAGCCGACGAUUCAGUUUCAAACGAGCCAAGACUAAAGAGGAGACCAGGGUUCACUCAGCUAGCCUUUCUUCAACAAACUCAUUGCAGAAAGAAGAUGGCAGUUCAGAAACAGCAGACACAGUUUGUGAAUGGGAAGACAAGGAGUUGAUGAGCAGAGAUGGUCAAGCACAGCUCAAGGCUCCGUUUUUCUUCGCCUCGUUCGACCAACGGAGCAACAAGGCGGCCGGGGCGAGCGCCUGCACAGCCCUAGUGGCCGUGAUAUCCCACUGGCUCCACUCGAACCCGAACGCCAUGCCAAGGCGAUCGGAGCUGGAUGACCUCAUAAUGCAGGGCUCGUCGGAGUGGCGGAAGCUGUGCGAGGACGCCGCCUACGUCAAGGACUUCCCGAACAAGCACUUCGACCUCGAGACCGUCCUCAGGGCCGACAUCCGGCCCGUGUCCAUCUCCCGCAACGAGUCGUUCGUCGGGUUCUUCGGGGCCGAGGCGUUCGACUCGCUGAAGGGGGCCAUGUCGUUCGACGACUUAUGGGACGAGAUCCGCGGCGGCGGCGGCGGAGACACGGCGCCGAGGAUCUACAUCGUGAGCUGGAACGACCAUUUCUUCGUGCUGAAAGUCGAGGCGGACGCGUAUUACAUCAUCGACACGCUGGGGGAGCGGCUCUACGAGGGGUGCAACCAGGCAUACAUGAUAAGGUUCGACGAAAAGGCCGUGAUUCAGGUGCAUAAGCCGGCGGCCGAAACAGCAGAGAGCGAGGUGAUAUGCAGUGGGAAAGAAUGCUGCAGAGAGUUCAUAAAGAGAUUUCUCGCAGCCAUACCGUUGAAGGAGCUCGAGGAGGAGGAGAAGAAGAGCACCGUCUCUUACUUCUGUCUCCAUCAACGGCUGCAGAUAGAGUUCAACUACAGCUGCUUGAUCUCUCCGGCCUCAUCCUCCUCGACGCCGUCUCCCCUGUCUUCCCUAACCACAUCGACAUCGUCUCCUUCCUCCGAUUGACUGUAAAUUCAUGUUUACAAUAAAACAUACUCAUGUAAUACUCAAUCAAGAAAGCAAUAAAGGAUUCAUGUCUUAAAGUUUGAAGA